GAGAGAAAAUGGAGCCGCUGCCGCUCCUCGUUAGAAGCGGCUCAAUUCUCCACCUGCUCCUCUGGCAUAGCACCGGCUGACCCGGGGGUGGGGGGAGCCCGGCGAGGGCUAUACCGCUCUUCCAUGGAGGGCGGUGGAGUCGCUAGCAGAAGGACGCAGGAGCGAAGGCGGCGGCGGCGGCGGCGGCGGCCAGGCCAAGGGGCGGAUUCGCCCGGCAGAAAAAGCCGAGGCCGGUUCCGCUCGUCUUCCCCGCCGGCCCGCAAGAAACUGAACUCGGACGAAAGCGAGGAAGCGCUGGAGGAACCGAAGCCGGAGUAUUUUGACAGUGAUGAAAUGUUUGCAGACUAUGACAGCUUUUCUGGCAACAGCUCUUUCUUAACUGAAAUUAACAAUAUAGAGCAAAAGUGCAUGCACUCUAGUAGGGAUGGUCUGGAUUCUGACAAUCCAGAUCUCAGCGCUGCUGUGCAGACUGUAGGCGGAGAUACUCAGAUAAAGAACGUGGCACAGGUAUUUUCAGUGACAAACACUAUGAUUAGCUCCAGAAACACAGGAGAAUAUGACUCUUUGAAAAAGAUGAAGGAACGGGAUAAUAGCUCAAAGCCUCAGGAUAGUCAUUUAGAAUGUCUUCCGUCAUCCCAGCUUUUAUUUCUUCAACAUUCAGAUGAAUGUUCUCAGAAAGCAGCAGUCAUAAAAGAAAUAUCCUGUCAGCUGGAGUUCCCAGAUCUACUGUACUGCAGUGAUACAGAAAAUAAUAAAAAAGAUGGUGAAUCAGGGAGAACUGCUUUGUUUGAACCAGGUAGGCGAAAGAGUCUGAAAGACCAUCUCAAAAGUGCGAUGGCUGGGAAUGCCAGAUCUUCUGCUCCAUUGGUUUCUAAAAGCAAACAGCUGAAAGAAGCUAUUGUAACUGAAGAGAUGGCCAUUGCAGAGAGAGCUGACAACUUGGCUUUUCUAGAUAUUGGUCCUUUCUACGGUUUACCCACCAAAGUCAAGGAGCUACUUCUACACUUCAGAGGAAUUGAGAAACUUUAUGACUGGCAGCAUGAUUGUUUAAUGUUUGAAUUCCUGCAAAAGCGAAAGAACUUAAUAUAUUCCUUGCCAACCAGUGGUGGAAAAACACUUGUCGCCGAAAUUUUAAUUCUUCGAGAAUUACUCUGCAAACAGAUGGAUGUUUUAAUGAUCCUGCCUUAUGUGGCUUUGGUCCAAGAGAAGGUUGGGAGUUUGUGUGGUUUUGGAAUGGAACUAGGCUUUUUGGUUGAAGAAUAUGCAGGAAGUAAAGGAAGGAUUCCUCCAAUCAACAGAAGGCAAAAGAAGUCGGUGUACAUUGCUACUAUUGAAAAGGGGCACAGCCUGGUGAAUGCCUUGAUAGAAACAGGAAGAAUCAGUACCCUGGGUCUAGUUGUAGUUGACGAGUUGCAUAUGCUUGGAGAAGGUGGUCGUGGAGGUACACUAGAAAUGACCCUUUCAAAGAUUUUGUAUGCAAGCAAAACAACUCAGAUCAUUGGAAUGAGUGCAACAUUAAGAAAUGUUGAAGACCUACAGCAGUUCCUGAAAGCCGAAUUCUACACAAGUAAUUUCAGACCUGUUGAAUUGAAAGAAUAUGUUAAAAUACAAGACAGCAUCUAUGAAAUCGAUAGCAAAGCAGAAAACGGCCUUACAUUUUCCCGUCUCCUUGAUUUCAAGUAUUCUAGUGAUCUGCAGAAGAUGGAUCCUGAUCAUCUUAUUGCGUUGGUCACAGAGGUUAUUCCAAAGUACUCCUGCCUUGUCUUUUGUCCUACUAAAAAGAACUGUGAAAAUGUAGCAGAAAUGAUAUGCAAACACAUAAACAGAGACCUGAAAAAGAUUAAGGAGAAAGAAAAAUAUGAUCUUCUAAAAGAGUUAAGAAGCAUCUGCAGUGGAAAACUGUGCCCGGUUUUGAAACGGACUAUUCCAUUUGGAAUUGCUUAUCACCACAGCGGCCUUACCAGCAAUGAACGGAAAUGUAUAGAAGCAGCUUAUUCCUCAGGCCUCCUCUGCCUGCUAACCUGCACAUCCACACUUGCUGCGGGAGUUAACCUGCCAGCUCGAAGGGUUAUUUUAAGAGCACCAUAUGUUGCUACAGAAUUCUUGAAGAAGAAUCAGUAUAAACAGAUGAUUGGCCGGGCUGGUCGUGCAGGCAUUGACAACGUUGGUGAAAGUAUUCUGAUUGUGCAAGAGAAAGACAAAGAACUGGUUCGCAAUUUAAUCGCUAGUCCCCUAGAAAGCUGUUACAGCACUCUUCCGCUUGAAUUCAACAAAGGCAUCCGAAUCUUACUCUUAUCGGUGGUUGGCUUAAAGAUAGCAAACAGUCCUGAGGAAAUUUACCAGUUCAUGUGUGCAACCUUACUUAGUGUACAGCCACAGCUCCUACCUAAGAAGAAGAGCCUGCGGGACAUAACUACGGAAGCAUUACAAUGGCUGAAACAAAAUGGGCUGCUGAAAGAGAAAGAAAGCUCUGACGGUGAACAGAAUUGUGCGCAUAGUCUAGGGAUCACUCAGUUGGGUCGGGCUACAUACAAAGGUUCAAUUGAACUGGCAUACUGUGACACCCUUUAUGCAGACUUGAAGAAAGGACUUGAAGGACUAAUACUUGAAAGCUGUCUUCAUUUGAUCUAUCUGAUAACGCCAUAUGAUAUGAUUCCUCAGUGUAGCCCAAACUGGAUGGUCUAUUUUAAACAGUACAGUCAACUAAGUCUAAUAGAACAACAAGUAACAAGCAUUGUUGGAGUGCCAGAGAGCUUUAUUACCAAAAAGGCAUCUGGACAAGCCAUCAAGAAUGAACUGGAUAGUAAUACUGUUAAUAGACUUUACUUGUCCUUCAUCCUUCAUUCCUUGCUGAAAGAGACCAACAUAUGGGAUGUGGCAGAAAAAUUUAAUAUACCACGAGGAUUUGUUCAAACUCUUCUUAAUUCAGCGGCUUCAUUCUCCUCCUCAGUUUUGCAUUUCUGUGAGGAGCUGGAUGAGUUUUGGGUUUAUAAAGCUCUCCUGCCAGAACUUACCAAGAGAUUAACCUAUUGUGUUAAAGCAGAACUUAUCCCUCUUAUGGAGGUAGCAGGAGUUUUAGAGGCUCGAGCCAGGCAGCUCUACAACUUGGGCUAUAAAACUUUAGCUCACUUGGCCAAUGCAGAUCCAGAGGUUCUAGUCAAGACUGCUGCGCAUUUGUCCAGAACUCAGGCCAGAAAAAUAGUUUCAUCAGCAAAGAUGGUCCUUGCUGAAAAGACUGAGGCUUUACAACAAGAAGUUGAAGAAUUAUUGAGAAUACCUACCGAUGUUCCAUGAGGCUUAUUUUUCCAUAUGAAUUUGAGAAUCAAAGAUUAUUUCC